GUCUAAUUUCCAUGAUCUCAUAUUGCAAAUUGAUGCAUUGAUUGUGCAGGCUUUGGAGACUCGGAGUGCUCAGCGAGCUCAUACCAUAUCAUUUCCUCGUACUGGCAGGUCUUCGCCGGUGUCACUACCGGUGCUGCAGCCCGAGUUACGGUUUCCGCUCCUAUAUGCUAAUCAUCAUCUCGCGCCAAUAACAUGACGGACGAUGUGGAGAAGUUUCGAUUGGCCCUACAGCACUGUCCACCUGGCCAUUCUUCAAAUCGUCGAUCCGCGUGUCUCUUUCAUCUUGCCAUAAGGCUUCACCACAAGUUCAGACAGCAUGGCAUCCCAUCUGACCUUGAUGAGGCCAUCGAACUCCAUCGUGCUGCACUGGAGCUCCGUCCCCCCGGUCAUUCUGAUCGACCCAUCUCUCUCAACAGUCUUGCCAGCAGCAUUGAAGACAGGUUCGAGCAGCGGGGCGUCCUGUCUGACCUUGAUGAGGCCAUCGAGCUCCGUCGCACUGCACUGCACCUCUGUCCACACGGUCAUUUUCAUCGAUACGCGUCUCUCAACAAUCUUGCUGUCACCCUUAGAAACAGAUUCAAGCAGCGGGGAAUCCCGUCCGACCUAGAUGAGACUGUCAAGCUUCAUCGGGAUGCACUACUCCUAUGUCCCCCCGGCCAUUCUAACCAGAUCGUGUCUCUUCACAACCUUGCCAACACCCUUGUAGAAAGAUGCAAGCAGCGGGGCAUCCCGUCUGACCUUGAUGAGGCCAUCGACCUCCAUCGCACUGCACUGCACCUCUGUCCCCCCGGUCAUUCUGAUCGAUCUGCGUGUCUCAAAAAUAUUGCCGUCAGCCUUGGAGACAGAUUUCAGCAGCGGGGUGUCAUGUCUGACAUUGAUGAGGCCAUCGAGCUCCAUCGGGCCGCACUGCUCCUCUGUCCCCCCGGUCAUUCUGAUCGAUCUAAGUGUCUCGACAAUCUUGCCAUGAGCCUUCGAGACAGAUUUCAGCAGCGGGGUAUCACGUCUGACAUUGAUGAGGCCAUCGAGCUCCAUCGGGCCGCACUACUCCUCUGUCCCCCCGGUCAUCCUGAUCGAUCCACGUGUCUCAACAAUCUUGCCAUGAGCCUUGGAGACAGAUUUCAGCAGCGGGAUGCCACGUCUGACCUUGAUGAGGCCAUCGAGCACCAUCGGGACGCACUACUCCUCCAUCCCCUCGGUCAUUCUGAUCGAUACCUGUUUCUCAACAAUCUUGCUUUCAGCCUUGGAGAAAGAUUCAAACGUCGGAGCGUCCCGUCUGACCUUGAUGAGGCCAUCGAGCUCCAUCGUGCUGCACUACUCCUCCAUCAACACGGUCAUUCUGAUCGAUACAUGUCUCUCAGAAAUCUUGCCAGCUGCCUUAGAGACAGAUUCAAGCAGCGGGGCAUCCCAUCUGACCUUGAUGAGGCCAUCGAGCUCCAUCGAGCCACACUCUUCCUCUGUCCCCCUGGUCAUUCUCAUCGAUCCACAUCUCUCAACGAUCUUGCCACCAGCAUUCAAGACAGAUUCGAGCAGCGAGACAUCAUAUCUGACCUUGAUGAGGUCAUUGAGCUUCGUCGUGCUGCACUGCUCCUCUGUCCCCCCGGUGAUCCCAAUCGAUCUAAUGCUUUCCGUAAUCUUGCCUCCAGCCUCCGAACCAGAUUUCAAAGGCUGGGCGUCCCGUCUGACCUUGAUGAGGGCACCAAGCUCACUCGGGCUGCAAUACUCCCCUUUCCCACCAGUCAGUCUGAUCAAUGCAUGUCUCUCACCGAUGUUGCAAGUAGCCUUCUCGACAGAUUCCAGCAGUGGGGCGUCCUGUCUGAUCUUGAUGGGGUCAUCGCACUUCAUAGGGCUAUACUACUCUUCUAUCCCCCCGGUCAUUCUGAUCGAUCCAGGUCUCUCUGGCGUCAUGCAAAUAUCCUUCACCUCAGAUUCCGCCUGUGUGGUACCCUGUCUGACCUUGAUGAAGCCAUCGAGAUCCAUCGGGCUGCACUACUCCUCCAUCUUCCAGGUCAUACUCUUCGAUCCACGUCUCUUGUUUGUCUUGCCAUCAGCCUUCUAGACAGAUUCAAACUGCAGGCCGUCCCGUCUGACAAGGAUGAAGCAUUUAGGCUGUAUUUGCAGCUCUCCCACCUGCCUCAUGCAGUCUCUCGUAAUGAUCUAAAGGCUGCCAAGUCAUGGGCCACCUUUGCGGAGGAGAUGAACGAUGAUACUGCAUUGGUUGCAUAUCAGACCGCAUUGAAAUUUCUUGAUCAACAUGUUGCCCUUUUGUCGUCUUCUUUCCGCCAUUUCAAUGUCGUGAGCGAUGUGACUUCUUCCCUUGCGUCGGAUGCUUUCUCGUGCAGUCUUCGUCGUGGUAAUCUGACGACUGCUGUGGAACUAGUAGAGCAAGGCCGUGCGGUAUUCUGGACCCAGUUGGCACGCUUCCGCUCCCCGCUCGAUGAUCUUGCCCUGUCUGAUGACACCGGGGCAGCCUUGGCGGAAGAGUUCAAGCAGCUGAGCUUUCGCCUUCGUAACGCGUUCGAUCAGUCUACUGAAGACCAGUCUCCACAAAUCCGGCAAUUGACCAUGCAAUGGGAUGACGUCGUCUCGCGCAUCCGCAUGCUUCCUGACUUGUCCCGUUUCCUCCUGCCUCCCCUGUUCUCCGACCUACAGAAGGCGGCAGAAGAUGGUCCAGUCAUCAUUGUCAAUGCAAGCCAGUAUAGCUGCGACGCCUUGAUUAUCCAUAGCGCGGAAGACCCUGUCCGUGUCCUGCUCAAUAUUACGCAAGGCGAAGUGUCUGAGUUGUCCUCCGAGUUUCAGUCACUCGCAGAGCAGUUUGGUUCUGCCGAUCAUCAACACAAGCUUGUCGGCAUCCUCCGCAAACUUUGGAAUUGCAUCGUUCACCCCGUGGUCCAAGCCCUUAUGGAGUCUAAAGUUCAGCCUCGCUCCCGCAUCUGGUGGUGUCCCACUGCUGAAUUCACGCUACUUCCUCUACAUGCAGCAGGACCUUACGAGAAGAACAAAGACAAUUUGUCUCACCUUUUCAUCUCAUCUUACACCCCCACUUUGGCGGCACUCAUUCGGGCGAGACAGCGGAUUUCUCUGGAUUCGUCCACGCAAAACUUUGUUGCUGUUGGUCAAGCGAACCCGGAUGGAGGGAAAGGACUCCGAUGUGUCGCUCCUGAAUUAGCUGUCGUAGCCGAGCGUCUCACACCUAUCGUGUCCUUCACAUCGCUCGAAGACGGCGAUGCAACAGUCCAGGGUGUACUUCAUGCACUAAAUCAUAAUCAGUGGCUCCACCUAUCCUGCCAUGGAAUGCCGAAUCGACAACAACCAUUUGAGUCUUCCUUUGCCAUGCGCGACGGGCCUUUGAUGGUCAAGGACAUCAUCCGAUCUAACUGGCAGAAUCCGGAGUUUGCAUUCCUAUCGGCCUGCCACACCACCGUGGGCGAUGAGAAGAGUCCCGACGAGUCGAUACAUCUCGCUGCGGCCAUGCAAUUCUCCGGAUUUCGCAGUGUCAUAGGUUCUAUGUGGUCUGUUGACGACGAGGUUGCGUGUCAGGUGGUAUCUGCGUUUUACGGCUACCUAGUUGAUGGUUCAGGGAGAUUAGACUGUACACGAGCUGCAGUAGCGUUGCACAAGGCCGUGAAGUCGUUGCGCAAGAAGAUUCCGCUAGAACAGCAGAUUGUAUUUGUUCACAUAGGUGUGUAG